AUGGCUCCUAAAAGUAAAAAACUUAAACAAUCACCUCCAUCAAAAGAACCUGUUGUCGACGAUGGUUUUUCUUUUAUUAAACAACAUAACUCAGAUGUUAUUAUUGAAGUAGAAAUUAAACCCAAUGCUAAAACUAGUGAAAUUCAAGGAGUUGAAGAUGGUUUAUUAAAAGUAUCUAUUAACUCACCCCCAGUCGAUGGAAAAGCCAACACUGAAGUUAUUGCUUUUAUGGCAUCUACAUUUGGAAUAAAAAAGUCUAAUGUAAGGCUUAUUAAAGGACAAACCUCUCAUCAUAAAACUCUUCAAUUUGAAAAUUGGACAAGAGAAAAAGUACUUCAGAUUAUUCAAGCCAAAUAA